CGACGCGCUCUAACAACCCUCCCCGCAAGUCCGCAACCCUAGCCACCGCCGCCAGUCCCCUCCUCCCCCGCGCUCUCCCUCUCCCCCUCACGCCGUCGCGUCGCUGUCCCCGACACCUCCGCCUCCGCCUCCCGCUCCCGCCGCCGCAGGUCCGCCGUUCGCCGCCUCCGUUGCCGACCGCCACCGCCCCGCGCCGCCUUCCCCGCCUCAGCCUCCGCCUCCGCCUCCGCCUCCGCCUCCGCGCAUCGCAACGCAACCUCAGGCGCAGAGGCGGCGACUUGACUCCCCCCUCCCCGCCCUCUCGCUCUAGGGUUUCCUCCCCUCCCCGUCGUCAGCCGCCACCCCACCCCCUCCCCCGCCGGGCUUCGCCAUGUACGGUCACCGCGGGGCAAUGAUGGGAGGCGGGGGGGUUUCGGAUGGGUACGAGGGAUCAAAGAGGCCACGAAUGAUCGAAUCCAAUCCAUACUUCGCAGUGACCGCAGGCAGUCCCUUGGAUGUCUCAAAGAGGGCCAGGAUGAUGGAACCAGCCCCUCCCUAUUUCGGAGCCAUGGGCAGCAGCGCUGCUGGUGGCACCAGUGCCUUCUACCAGCCCUACGGCGCCAACUUACCUGGUGCAGGGGCUAACAGUGCCAUCCAGAACUUUCCAGGGGUCCGUCUACGAGGGCUCCCCUUUGACUGCGACGAUCUUGACAUCUUCAAGUUCUUUGUUGGGCUGGACAUAGUGGACUGCCUCUUGGUUCACAAGAAUGGCCGCUUCACCGGCGAGGCUUUUGUCGUAUUCCCAUCAGCCAUGCAAGCAGAGUUUGCACUGCACCGCAACCGGCAGAACAUGGGCAGGAGGUAUGUUGAGGUGUUCAGAUGCAAGAAGCAAGAGUACUACAGCGCAAUAGCUGCUGAGGUGAACCAGGGCGGCUUCUUCGACUCGGAGUACCGUCACUCCCCACCUCCACGGCCCAAGAAACCAGCUGAAGACAAGAGCAGCAUGGAAUAUACUGAGGUGCUCAAGCUCCGUGGCCUGCCCUACUCUGCUACCACUGAAGACAUCAUCAAGUUCUUUGUGGAGUAUGAGCUGACGGAGGAAAAUGUGCACAUCGCGUACCGUCCAGAUGGUAAGGCCACUGGAGAAGCCUUUGUGGAGUUCCCAACAGCAGAGGUUGCAAAGACAGCCAUGUGCAAGGACAAGAUGACCAUUGGGACAAGGUACGUGGAGCUGUUCCCAUCAACCCCAGAGGAGGCCAGCAGGGCGAAAUCGCGAGCCAGGCAAUGAAUUAUUUGAUCCAGUCAUCUACUUUGCCCUGGCCUUGAGCAGCUGUGUUCCAGUUUAGCUUUCGCUUUGCAUCCUUAAACUGUAUCCCUCGCCUUUAGGUUUGUGUGCGUGUGUUUUAGUAUGCAUCAUGUUGCUACCCUGCCACAACCCGUUGGUGUGGUGACUUUAUAAGAACCCGAAUUGCAAUUUUAAAAGAAGUGGUGUAUUAUGAGAUGCCUGCACUUGUAACAGCAGUUGCGCCUGGUUGGAUGCAUUUUGUAUGGCAAUGACAUGAUCAUUGUUUUC